AAAGCUGUUCGACAGGUCUGACGCCGAAACACACGGCACCCGGAAAAGAGCUCAGCCGUAGUGAAUGACGGGGCGACUGCCUGGAAGAUGGAAGCGUUGCUGCCUCUCCUCAAUUGACUGGCAUGUUUUAGGGAAUUUACAAAGUUACAAUACAGUUUCUUCAGCAGUUCAGGAGUUCGAUAUACCAGGAUGUCGGCCUCUGCGAUAUUUAUAUUGGACCUCAAAGGAAAGGUGCUGAUAUGCAGGAACUACAUGGGGAACAUGGACAUGAAUGAGAUCGACCACUUCAUGCCCAUCCUGCUGAGGAUGGAGGAGGAGGAGGACAUGUCGCCUCUGGUAGCCCACGGCUCUGCCCACUUCCUGUGGAUCAAACACAGCAACCUUUACCUGGUGGCAAUGACCAAGAAGAACGCCAAUGCUGGUUUGGUGUACUCCUUUCUCUACAAAAUAGUGGAGGUGUUCAAAGAGUACUUCAAGGAGUUGGAGGAGGAGAGUAUCCGUGACAACUUUGUGACGGUCUACGAGCUGAUGGAUGAGAUUAUGGACUUUGGCUUCCCUCAGACGACAGACAGCAAGAUCCUGCAAGAGUACAUCACCCAGCAGGGCCACAAGCUGGAGGUGGGGGCCCCCCGCCCCCCCGCCACUGUCACCAACGCUGUGUCCUGGAGGUCAGAGGGCAUCAAGUACAGAAAGAACGAGGUGUUCAUGGACGUCAUCGAGUCGGUUAACCUGCUGGUCAGUGCUACGGGCAGUGUCCUCCGCAGUGAGAUUGUAGGCAGCAUCAAGCUGAAGGUGGUGCUCUCUGGGAUGCCCGAGCUCAGACUGGGCCUCAACGACAAAGUCCUCUUCGAGAUCACUGGCAGAGAGAAGAGCAAGACUGUGGAGCUGGAAGAUGUCAAGUUUCAUCAGUGCGUUCGUUUGUCACGCUUCGAGAACGACCGCACCAUCUCCUUCAUCCCUCCGGACGGAGAGAGCGAGCUCAUGUCCUACCGCCUCAACACCACGAUGAAGCCCCUCAUAUGGAUUGAGAGUGUGAUUGAGAGGUUCUCUCACAGCAGAGUGGAGAUCAAGGUCAAGGCCCGGAGCCAGUUCAAGAGCCGUUCCACUGCCAACAGCGUGUGCAUCCUGGUGCCGGUGCCGAGCGACGCCGACUCGCCCAAGUUCAAGACGAGCACAGGAAGCGCCAAGUGGGUCCCGGAGAAGAACGUGGCGGUGUGGAACAUCAAGUCCUUCCCUGGUGGUAAGGAGUACACAAUGAGAGCCCACUUUGGCAUGCCAAGCGUGGAGAGCGACGAACUGGAAGGAAAGAGGCCGAUCACUGUCAGCUUUGAGAUCCCCUAUUUCACCGUGUCUGGAAUCCAGGUACGCUACUUAAAGAUCAUUGAGAAGAGUGGUUAUCAAGCGUUACCAUGGGUACGCUACAUCACACAGAGUGGAGAUUAUCAGCUUCGGACGAACUAAGGGCAAGCGUGCUGCCAGACAAAUGGAUCUUCUCUCUCUCUCCCCCUCUCUCUCUCUCUCUCUCUCUCUCUCUCUCUCUCUCUCUCUCUCUCUCUCUCUCUCUCUCUCUCUCUCUCUCUCUCUCUCUCUCUCUCUCUCUCUCUCUCUCCCUCUCUCUUUCCCUCUCUCCAUCCCUCCCUCCCUCCCUCUCCCUCUGCCUACUUUUGGAGGAAGGGACAGCAGAGGACAGGAAAAGGGGAACACAGCAAACUUUCAACCCUCUCCAAGGGAAGAUGGGUUUGUCUCUCUCUCUGUCUCUCUCUUUCUCUGUCUGUCUCUCUCUUUCUCUGUCUGUCUGACUCUCUCUGUCUCUCUCUCUCUGUCUCUCCCUCUCUCUGAGUCCGAAAACCAGAUGCAGCACCCAAAAGAAACAUUUUAUCUGUAGAAUAUUGAAUUUAGUAUGGUAGACUUUUAGGAUUGAUUACAUGUCAUCGUAAUGUUCUGACUAUUGGGGUUUUUCUUGUGGUAUCUGCGUAACAGAAUUAUGUUGAAUGUGUGCUUCUAUUGGAACCUGCAUGUUUUAUACAGCCUGAUAUAAAGCUGAUGUUGUAUAGUAAAGGUGUGUGUGUGUGUGUGAGGGGGGGGGGAGGAAGCAGGGGGGUAUUAAUCUGUUGUCUGGGUUAAUUUUUCAAAGAGCUGUAAACAGAUUCCUCUCUGUGAUGAGAUAAGCAUAUCACCGUGGCUACCUGUGGAACUCUAUCUGAUGUUCACAGGUGUGUGUUCCCGUGAGCCAGUCCCUGGGCUGGAACACAACCAUCCUUACCCCUCAUGUUUCUUUUAAGUCAUGGUUUUUGAAGUUGUGUACUGUACCAGGAAAUAGUGUCCUAGACCAGGAAGUACUGUACUUUACCAGAAAGUAGAGUACUUAACCAGGAAAUAGUACUCUAUCUAGACUUUGUCUCCUGUACCAGGAAGUAGUUAAGAGGCCAGGCUUGGGUAACUCAUUGAGGUGAAUCUACGAAGGAUCUGAACUAGAAACGAUGACCCCGACAGGCUCAGACAAAGCCGAGGGUCUGUAUCUUUACAUGUCACUGAUACCCAAAACAGCCAUGGUGUUCAGCCAUAUGCAGGGGAAGGUCUAGGUCAUAAAUUCUGUUAUUCUUUCACUUUGAAGGCUAAAUCCUAACCUUUUUGACACGGGUGUUUGUCUAAAUCCCACCUCCUUUGUGAAUGCGCUGCCUAUCAGUUCAGCAGCUCAAUCUGUCGCACGAUGGAAUUCAGGUUGGAGAAAACGGCUCAAGUCAAUUUUCCGUGACCACAAAUGUUUCUCUUCUCAUCAGGCUGAAUACGCUCCUAUUAAUGGGAGACAACUGACUUUUAUUUUCAGAUAGCUUUUUUAAAUGUUCUCUUUUUUUCUCUGUGGCUGUAAUUUUAAGUGUGUGUGUGUGUUUUCAGUCUUAUUCAUUCAUUAACAGUGCUUGUCAAUCGGGAAAGAAAAGGGAAAUAUUUAUAAAAAUAAACAACUUUGUACAAUA